GGAGGAAGUUAAUCCAUGUCCCUUGGGAAUGACCUGGGUCAACCUGAUACAGGAUUGGUUUGGUUUAAAAUUUCCUGCGUUGGGGGGCGGGCCGACGUACAGCGCCUGUCCGCGGCCAACUCAAGAACUACGGGAGCUCGGACCGCCGUGUCAGCCUUCACAUCAAGUGUUGUUAUUGCCAAGAUGUCACAAGUUUCAAGAUCUCCAAAACCUGGUUAUAUCCCAUUACCUAAGGAAGUUCUAGAUAAUUUAUCUAAACUAACUGGGGAGGAUAUUGCAAGAGAAGAUUACAACCCACGUAGUGAUGAAAGUAAAAGUUUUAUUAAGGGAAUACUCAAUAAGGUGGACCACGUUCCUUUUCAGGAACUAUUUGAAAAACAUUAUAUGAGUCUAAAGGCACAUCAGAGAACAUGGACACACAAGUAUGCUAGAAAACCUGGAGUGAAAAAAAAUAGUACAAGAAAAAGUAGCAUGACAAGUCAAGAACGGAGGGAAUUAGGGCUCCAUAAAAUCAACAAGCUUGACAAAACAUUUGAAAUGUUUUUACCUAUCAAUAAGAUGUGGAAGGCAUAUGCAAAACGACAUCUAUCCAUCCGUGAGGACAGCACUCAUGAAGGUUUGGUCAAUUUCAUUCAGAAUAAUGUUAGAAAAUUAGAGUACUUUGGAUGUUUUAUGAGAGUUUCUAGGUCUGUAUGCUCUGAAUACAUUGGAGUUGUUGGCAUUGUCAUAAGAGAAACCAAAAAUACAUUUUUGCUCAUUUGUCCAGAUAAUAAAGUAAAGACAAUUCCCAAGAAGCAUAGUGAAUUUAGCUUUGUAGUAGAAAACUUUGGAAUUACUGUACUUGGUAAUCAUUUGAAUCAGAAGCCUGCUGUUAGAGCUAAACAUACAUUUAAGAAACAUUGUAUUUGGUUGUAAGUUUUCAAACAUUCAAUCUUUCAUUUUUUUUUAUAUUUGUAAUAAGGAAUUUUCAGUAUUAUACAUAGUCUAUGUUGUAGAUAUUUAAUACUGUACACAUAGCAAUUUAAAAAUCUGAUGUUAAAAAGAAUGCAGAGAAUUUAUGCAGUGGCACUAAGCCAAAAUUGUACAGUAAUGAUGUCUUAUACCAAGGAAUCCACAAAUUCACAUUUUCAGUACUUAAUGUUAUCAGUAUCCUGUAACAAAAAUGUCAGGGUGUUGUGGCAAAAUUUCCUACCUUUUAUCAAAUUGUAUUGUUCCAAAGUAAACAAAACUGUAUAUUAACAUA